AUGUCUGCCGCAGAGGUGGCGCUAUUGAGCUGCGUUUUGCAGACGUCAAUUCUCUGCCGGCUGUAUCCCUCUCAGUCGACAGCCGUGAUAGCAGGCUGGUCGGUGGUCACUUCUCUCUUCCUUCUGGCCACCUGGAAGCUUUAUUUGUGGCCAUUGUGGUUCAGUCCUCUGCGCAACUUGCCUGAGCCACCGGGUGGCCACCGUUUGCGCGGCCAUGUGAAACUGGUUCCAAACGAACGAUCGGGCAUGCCCCUACAGGAUUGGAUCAAUGAGGUACCAAACUCGGGUUUGAUCAGAUAUCGUAUGCGAUUCAACAAGGAGGUGAUUUUUGUCACCAAUCCCAAGGGCCUGUCGGAGGUUCUGGUUCAGAAGAGCUAUGAGUUCGCAAAACCUGCGAAGUUGCGACUCGGACUGGGGCGCAUUCUGGGAGUUGGGCUAAUUGUUGCUGAGGGUAACGAGCACAAGAGACAACGCAAACUCCUGAUGCCUGCCUUUUCACAUCGACAUAUCAAGAACCUCUACCCCAUAUUCUGGGACAAGUCAGUCGCACUAGCCAGAGUUUUGGAAGAGAGUAUCACGCAAAAUGUGGGCCAAUCGACCAAGGUCUUCGAUGUAGCAGACUGGCUGGCGCGGGCGACACUGGAUAUCUUAGGCGCAGCUGGACUUGGCGAGGAGUUUGACACGCUCCAUAAUCCGGAUAAUGAGAUAUGCAGUGCGUAUCGAAAUGUGUUUGAGCAAAAACCUCCUAAAGGUAUUCUGGCUAUGGGUCUCUUCUUAUUACGCGAGGCACUCACAACGGCGCUCCGUCUACCACGCAAUGAUAGCAUCUCCGCGGCCACGAAGACUCUGACUGGGGUAGCACGCCGAUUGAUUGCCGGCAAAAGGGCCAAAGUCAGCACCGAAGAAUCUGAAGGUGGAGGUCUUGAUAUUAUCUCCGUUGCACUGGCAUCGGACAGCUUUACGGAUUCUAUGCUUGAGAACCAUCUCUUGACUUUUCUGGCUGCGGGACACGAAACAACAGCCACGUCAAUGACAUGGGCUCUUUACGCAUUGUGCUUAUAUCCAGAUGUCCAAAAAAAGCUGCGUGAUGAAAUUCGCAGCCGGCUGUCGCAUAUUCUUGACGAAGCCUCAGCGGCACCGAUGACGGCCGAGCUUCUGGAUAGUCUGCCAUACCUGCAUGCCGUGUGCAACGAAGUCUUCCGUAUAUAUCCCCCUGCAGGGCUUACGCGACGAGUGGCAGUGAAGAAUACUUCAAUCCUGGGCCAAUUCAUCCCCAAGGGUACUGAGAUCGUGAUCUCUCCGCGUGCCCUGAACGUGUCGCAGGAACUUUGGGGCCCUGAUGCGGGCAUCUUCAAUCCAAACCGAUGGCUCAAGCCGAGUCAAGCCAACACUGGUGGCGGCCUGACUAACUUCUCCUUCAUGACAUUCCUUCAUGGUCCGCGUUCUUGUAUUGGACAGGGCUUCGCUCGUGGUGAGUUUGCCAGUCUACUCGCAGCACUGGCAGGUACGUUCGAGAUGACGCUGGCCGAGGAGUCUGAGAUAUUCAUCGAGACAGGAUUGACAUCUCGGCCCAAGGGAGGACUACGAGUGCAAUUUCGUCGAGUGUGA